AUGGAAUUUAUGACAGGAAGCUGUUGGGCAUUCUCUACUGCAGGAGCCAUUGAAGGAAUACAUAAAAUAGCCACAGGUAACCUUGUCAGCGUCUCCGAACAACAACUUAUGUCUUGCGAGCCAUAUAACUUAGGCUGUAAAAAGGGAGGGUGGUACACAAGAGGAUUUGAAUAUGUCAUACAAAAUGGAGGCAUUGCCACAGAAAAAGAUUACCCAUAUACAGAAAAAGAUGGUACAUGUGAUCACGAAAAGGAAAAAUUGAUAGCUGCUACUAUUGAUGGCUAUGUAAAUAAGACAUACAGAUCAGAAAGUGCUCUCUUCUGUGCCGCUGCUAAGCAGCCAGUCAGUAUUUCUGUCAAUGUUACAAGAGAUUUCUCGUACUACCAGCAAGGAAUCUUUGAUGAUAGCAUCAUCCGCGAAGAACGACCAUGUAAAGUUAAUCAUGCUGUGUUGCUCGUUGGAUAUGAUUCAAUUUUCGGGUAACGUUACUGGAUUGUGAAGAACUCGUGGGGAUACACAUGGGGACAAGAUGGCUACAUCUUCAUCAGGAGAAACCCUAAUGUCCCUGAUGGAGUAUCCAACAUAAAUUGCUUUGCUGCUUACCCGACCAAAGGUUUUGAGCUAUCACUUGAUUCUGCUAUAUGAAGCAGCUUGGCGCAAUUCUAUAUGAUAAAGCCACUUUAUAUGUCUAGCUAGCUACAAGUGUCUUCGACAUGAAUAAAUGGCAUAUCACUUGCCAUAUUUGAAUAAAGGUUAAUCAACUCUAUUAUAUAUGUAAGCUUUGAGAAUAAAUGCUCUAUUUGUGAUAGAGCUUUGCUUGAAACUUUUGUGUUAUUUCUAAUAAAAAACUUG